AUGCGAAGUAGCACCUCCGACGUGCCUUUGGCAGAAUGCCUCAAGGUGACGACGACUCCUUCCUCCGUUGCCAAACGGUUAUUUGCCUUCACUUAGUGCUUCGUCCUCAGCGACAGGUGCGGCCGCCAGAUUGCUCAAUACAGCUUGACCCAUCGCCGCCUCUUUCAUUACCUACCUACCACUUGUACGCUUCAUUUCCAUUCUCUCUUUUUUUCGGGCGCUUAUCAAGGUUUCUUUUUUUGGGAUUUCCUUUUGGUCUGUGAUUCAUAUAGAGUAGUUGGAUUUCCAACCUGACUUUAGUAGAUUUCUAUUCUGAAAGUUUACUUCAAGUUUCGCCUGGCUCUGAUCAUCGUGUUCCCGUGCAAUCAGUGGCUCAGAUUUUAUCUCUUCUCCUUUUUCUUGUAAAUGUCUUGGAAAUUAGCUUCUUCCAACGAUCUUUUAUUCGAGCAAGCCAAUUUUAAAUUCUAUACGUUCUGAGCUUCAAUUUUCCCAUUCAUAAUCAGCAUCCUUUCCUAUUUUCAUAUCAUUUCUUGACUAAAAAUUUUAUUUAAGGUCAAAAAACUAUUUUUUUUAAUUUUUCGCAAAAGUCACAAGAAGGUUGAAUGUGAUGUAGGAUCUCUUUUUUUCCGAACCAUCCAUAAAAUCCUUAAUAUGUUGUUCUUUUCGAAAAAAGUUCGCAUGCAAUGUUGUACGUAGAUAAUUUUGUGUGAGACUUUUGAAGAACACCAGAUAUGGGAAGUUUUCCAUUCAUGAUUUGACGAAUGUUUUCGCCCAGUAUAACUGAUAUCCAACAUAACAGAUUUUCGCGCCUUUCACGCCGAGUCCUCCAUGGUGACGACCAUCUCUUGUAUGUGUACGCCCCUCACGGCUUUCACAGUUGCUCUUCGUCAAUCUACAGUUCGUUAGCACGUCGUCGACGUUCGCAGCAGAAAAGAAGACAGGCGCGGUGCGUGUGUGGACGUUAGAGGCGUUUGAUUUACUACCGCGCACUCACACCGAUUUUUCCAUCGCCGCUGCCGCUGCCGACCAAGUCCGUCGCACGUCAACACUUCUUCAAAAAAUUUACGCGUUUCCUGCUUUUCGUAACUGUCUCCGAGAUUUAUGGACAGUGACCCUGCAGCAGCAGUUUUGCUCUGCGAGAUCCAAGCCUCUGUCUCCUUAUCACAGUACUCUUAAGCUUGAGAAUCCGUCAUAA